GCCAGGAGCGUGGAGGCCACAUGCUGGAGUUAGCGUCGACUUGGUAGGUUUCUCGUCGGGAGCAUCUGGUCGAUGAUGCAGGUACGGAGCGGGGAGCUGAAGGCGCUGGGGGAGUUUAAAUCAUCUUGUUCCCGCACAUCGUAAGUCUUUGUUUUGUAGGAACCUCAGCUGUACUGUCUGUCGCUAUUUCGACCCAUCUUUCGUUUCGAAAUCCAGUUUUCCUACCAUACGGUCGUUGUUCCGUUUCGACAUAGCGAGGUCUACGUCCGUGGAACGCUACCGGACUUUUUUGUUUGCUAAGGACCUGGACCUUUGGAUUUAAGGCAGUCGACAGCCCCGGAAUAUUUGGAACGUAUUACUCCGCGAUGAAGUUCCUUGUCUCCUUUACGGCGGGCCUCCUCUCCGUCGGCCUCGCCCACGCAUCGCCUGCUGCCCCGUUAGCAAAGAGAGCGAUAUCUUCAGAUGGAACUUGCGCCGGCACAAAAGGUUACACUUGCCAGGGCUCGUCAUAUGGCAACUGUUGCUCCCAGUACGGCUGGUGCGGAUCGACUACUGGACACUGUGGAACUGGCUGCAACUCAGCCUUCGGUUCGUGUACCAGCAGCGGUACUACCUCCAAGCCUGUUUCCACUUCAAAGCCAGCUUCAGCUUCAUCUUCAGCGCCUGUCUCGACAACGAAGGCAUCCACUGUACAGUCGAGCAGCACUACCAAAUCGGCCUCUGCAUCUCCUUCAGCGACACCUUCUGGCUCUGUCCUACAAUGUCUGAACGGAAAAAACGUCCCAUACAAGAUGACCUCCGAUUCCGCCUACGCUGAGCUUGUCGAGCCGUACAAUCUACGUCUUCCUUACAAGCCCGCCGUCGUUGUCCUCCCGAACACCAAUCAACACGUCCAGGAUGCUGUGGUUUGUGCUGGUCAAUCUAAACUCAAGGUGCAAGCGAAGUCAGGUGGUCAUUCGUAUGCCAGCUUCAGCUCUGGUGGUAAGGACGGCUCCAUGAUGAUCGACCUUCAGCCCAUGCAGACGAUCCAACUUGACCAAGGUACUCGUGUCGCCACAGUAGGAGGAGGUGUCCGUCUGGGCAAUCUCGCUGAUGGAAUUUUCAACCAAGGCAAUGCUGCUCUGUCACACGGAACCUGUCCUGGUGUUGGUAUUGGUGGCCAUUUUACCCAUGGAGGCUACAGUCAUACCUCGCGCAACUGGGGGCUUGCCAUGGAUCAGAUCAUUGCUGCUGAUGUCGUCCUCGCGAAUGGCACUCUCGUCAAGGCUACUUCCAGCCAAAACCCCGAUAUCUUUUGGGCUAUCAGGGGAGCAGCCGACUCGUUCGGUAUCGUCACAACUUUUUACCUGCAGACCCGCGCCGCGCCAGCUAGUAUCACCUACUUUCAGUUCAACCUAAACGGUGUCUUGAACUCCAAGAGUGUCUUCACCAACACGUUCCUUCACCUCCAGGACGUCGCGAAGAAUGCCUCGGUGGUCGAUAACAAGAUCUCUUUCGGCGUGUACCUGGAUAAUAGCGGCACGUACAGUCUUAGCGGCGCGUAUUUCGGCACCGUAGCUGAAUUCACCGCGAAGGUGAAGACUGAACUGCUGCGUACUCUCCCAAGCGCCUCAGUUAACGUGGUGCAAUCGAUGAGCUGGUAUGACUACCUUGUGAAGGUGUCGGACAAGACUGCUAUCAAGGAGCCCCUAACCGGCUACGACGAGCACGACACCUUCUUCGCAAAGUCGGUUACGGUCCCUGAACCAGAUGGUCUUGUGGCCAAGACUGUCAACGCUCUAUACGAUUACCUGAAAACGAAUGGCGACGUUGAGUACUUUGUCAUCAUCAACCUCUAUGGCGGCCCAGGAUCCGCGAUCAAUUCAAAGGACACCACUUUUGCUGCUUACAGCGAGCGCAACAGCCUCUGGGUCCUCCAAAACUACGGCUACGGGGCCGAGUCGGUCGACUUCAUCAACGGUAUCAACAACGCCAUCAUCACCGCCCAGCCGCAGACGACGUUUGGCGCAUACUUGAACUACGUGGACCCGAGCUAUGAUGCUGCGACGGCACACAGGCUCUACUAUGGGACUGCGGUGUACUCGAGGCUCGCGGCGCUGAAGCAGCAGGUUGAUCCUCAGUCGGUGUUCUGGCAUCCGCAGGCGAUUGGGGCUUAGAUGAUGUGAUGACACUUUAAUGACUUGACUUGAAUAUACAGCAUUUUCGGUUCGGUGUUUGGCGUUUGACGGUGGGG